AUGCCCCGAGUUCGCGUUAGUUCAAGCCAAAAUUGCCAUGAGAAGGAAGGUCGGCUCCUACUGGCUGUACAGGCUAUUAAAAAAAAGGAGAUUACAUCAAUACGCGAGGCAGCACGUCGCUUCAAUGUGCCUGAAUCUACACUACGUACGCGACUACGCGGGACUACAAAUCGCGCCGAAUCUCGCGCAAAUGGCCAUAAAUUGACUGAGAUUGAAGAGGAAGUGCUUAAGCAGUGGAUUCUCUCUUUAGAUCUACGCGGAGCAGCUCCUACAAAAGCUCAUGUACGAGAAAUGGCUAAUAUUCUGCUUGCAAAGCGUGGUUCCACCCCAAUCCAGACUGUCGGCCAGAAAUGGGUAUAUAAUUAUACUCAACGCCACCCGGAGCUUGAGUCUCGCUUGUCAAGGCAAUACGACUGCCAGCGAGCAAAGCAAGAGAACCCAAAGGUUAUUCAAGCAUGGUUUAACACCGUACGAGCCACAAUCGAACAAUACGGGAUCCUACCGGACGAUAUCUACAACUUUGAUGAGACUGGCUUUGCAAUGGGCCUUUGUGCACAUCAGAAAGUGAUUACCAAGUCAGAAUCAUGUGGCCGAAGACCAGUUCUACAGCCAGGAAACCGUGAAUGGGUUACUGCAAUUGAGUCAAUCAGUGCUUCUGGAUGGGCACUUCCACCAACACUUAUCUUUAAGGGCAAGCAGUAUAACCAAGCAUGGUUUACAGGCCUUCCGCCCGACUGGCGAUUUGAAAUUAGUACAAAUGGAUGGACAACUAAUGAAAUUAGCCUUCGCUGGCUUCAGAAGCAAUUUAUCCCGUCAACAGAGCAUCGUACGCGCGGAAGAUAUCAACUUCUAGUUCUUGAUGGCCAUGGAAGCCAUCUUACACCAGAGUUUGAUCAAAUCUGUACAGAUCAUAAUAUUAUACCACUCUGCAUGCCGGCACAUUCCUCCCAUCUUCUACAACCACUUGAUAUUGGAUGUUUUGCAGUUUUGAAGCGCUCGUACGCCAGCUUGGUUGAUCAGAAAAUGCGGCUUGGCAUCAGCCAUAUUGACAAACUUGAUUUCCUUGCAGCCUAUCCACAAGCUCGAAUCAGCACAUUUAAGCUGGAUACAAUCAGAAACAGUUUUCGAGCAGCAGGACUAGUGCCAUUGAAUCCUGAACCAGUGCUUUCAAAGCUUAGUAUUCAGGCUCGUACGCCUACACCCCCUGGAAGCCGUGGAAGCCAGGCAAGCACUUUUUGCCCACAUACACCAGCAAAUGUUGAUGAGCUUCUAAAGCAAGCUUCUUUACUCAGAGAUUUUCUCAAACAGCGCUCAAAAAGUCCACCAUCACCGUCCCAUAAUGCCCUAAACCAGCUAAUUAAAGGCUGUCAAAUUGCAAUGCAAAAGGGCAUACUAUUGGAGCAAGAGAAUAGGGCGCUACGUGCUGAAAAUGCUAUACAAAGGCGAAAGCGAGCUCGUACGCAUAGAUGGAUAGCUCAUGAUAAUGGUCUGUCUGUACAAGAGGCUACAGAGCUCGAGGAAGCUCAUAAUGCGUCUUUUCAGGCAAUACCUGGUCCAUGCGGGCCACCAGCAGAAGGUGCACAAACACCAAAGGCACGGGCAUUACCUACAUGUAGUACCUGCCAUAGAAUUGGGCAUAGAAGAAAUGCUUGUCCAAAUAAAUAA